AUGAAAAGGGUACGUUGUGAAGAGAAGGAAGGUGGAGAGCGGGUGAAGUUGGGAGAAAGGUUGGGUGAAGAUGCUGAUAGAUUCCGGCAAGAAUGGAAAAAGGGUUGCAUGAAGGAUGGCGUGGAGAGAGGCAGGGUGCAGUGUGAAGGAGGUGCAGUGAGUGAUGGUGUGGGAGAAAGGGAAACAUGGUGGGUUCAACAUGGUAGGUUUGUUGCCGAACAGAGAGAUGAUAAGAGUACAGCGAAUGGUGGGUCAAAGAGAACGCAAGUUUCACAACACAACAUUUUGCCAUGGUUGUUGCAUCCUUCCAAGGAUGAUGAUGAUAACUAUGCCACUCUACCUUCAAAUAAUUUGUACGGUGACCGGACAGAAGAGCAGAGAGUAGGGGGUGAGAGCAGUGAGAAGAGCAGAGGGAAGUUUUUGGUGAGGAUUGAGGAGAGUGUGAGACUGGCUAUGGUCGGUUGUCAGAAGUUGGUGGAAAUAUUUUUGGUGCUUUGGCAUUGUGAAGGAACAAGUGAUGAUGUGCUUUAA